AUGAUGGGCAGCAGUGCAGGCCAAUGGCGUCGGAUUCUGACGUUGGGGGGGCGAAAAGUGGGGGAUGGGGGAACGGGGGGGAACCCGCAUAGGCAGCGCGGGCACGGAAACCGGGUGCGCGGUCACGAGGCCAGGGUGCGGUCCGUGCGUGAGCUGCAGGGGAAGGAAAAGUUUGGCGUGAAAGAAACAGACAGAGAAGGGGACCCCCCCCCUUGUUGGUGGGUGGGGGGGGGGGGGGGGGGGUGGGGGAAACCACUACAAAUGGGGGGGGGACCUGCAGAGAAAAGAGUGUCACCAGGGAACGCCCUAAUUGCUGGACCUGGUUCUUCUGAUUACUCUGCCUUUUUGUGGCGCUUCGUUGGAGAAAUAUUUUUCCAUUCCGUAACAGAUUUCCUCCAGACUGUGCCCAGAGCUGCAGACAUCAUGCUCUUCAACAGUUUCAAGAAUGACCCUCCAAAAGUGUUCAAAAUAGACACAAAUCCCCCAGAAGACGAUGAUGACAAAGAAGAAGAGUCCAAUGAAACUGAACGUCCGGACUUCUGA